AUGCCAAACACCGGCAAGCCCAGCAAGGAUUGCCAUCUGUGCCGUAAGCGGCGUGUCAAGUGCGACCUUGGGCGCCCCGGCUGCCUGAGAUGCAUCAAGUACGGCGUCGACUGCCCCGGGUACCGCGACCAGGCCGAGCUCGUCUUCCGCAACGCUUCCGCCGCGACGGUCCAGAAGCGCAAGAAGCGGGCGGAGCCGCACAGUGCUAGCGAACCGACCUCCUCCGCAUGCUCCCUCUGGGACGGCGACGACGGCGACGAGCCGGCGGCAGCCUCGUCGACGACGGCGUCCGGGGUCAGCACGGCCCGCUCCUCGCUCCUAGUCCUCCCCAGGGUCAUGAGCGAGCAUUGGACGGCCCACUCGGUCUCCAUCCUGCUCAACGUGUACGAGAACCUCGACUUCCUGAGCAACACGUACCGCGCGAAUCCCCGUGACGGCCCGCUCGUCUGGGCCGCCCACCUCUUCUCCCGCACCUACGUCACGAACAUACGGUACCCGACGGCCGUCGGACGAGACUCGGAGGAGGAGACGCGACGCGAGCUGGGCGUCUACCUCGGGAGGACCCUUCGCUACGUCGCGGCGGCCAUUGGCGACGAGCAGGGCGCAUUCCGCGACGACGUGCUCGCGACGGUCUGGAUCCUCGCCAACUACGAGGCAAGCACCGUCCGGUUUGCGCACGUGCACGUGGACGCCGACGCUGACGCGCGCCGUGCUAGCUGCUCGUCGCAUGCUCAAGGCGAGGGGAAGCAAACCCUUGCUCACGACGGCCGGCCGCGUCGCCUUUUGGCCUUGCUAUCACAUGGUGGUUUGUCGACCCUCCUGCCGAGAGAAGACGGACGUCGGCCCGUUCUGACGGCGAAGCAGCAAACGCAAGCGCUCGUGACCAACACCGAAUGCCCGCCCGAAUCGGCCGAGUGGCUCGGCACCAUCCGCGAGGCGCUGUCGGCCGGCGAGGGCUUCAUGCUGCACAUAUCCAUCUUCAUCGUCAAGUGCGCCCGCGUCCAGUCGCGCAUUGUGCAGAUUCUCUGCGCACGCGACCUUGCCGCGGCCGAGGACGAGUACGGUGCGCUGAUGGCCGAGAUGGAGGGCGCCGAGCGGCUGCUCGCCCGGUCCAUGGCCGAGACGACCGGCUACAUGGACGAGCUGGACGGCUUCAUGCGCAACUUUUACUUCGCCGCCGUCGUCAAGGGCUACUACUACGUCCUGCUGCUUGUCCAUUUUCUCGCCCACCACGUCGCCGGCUCCGUCACGCCGGCCGAGCUCAAGGCGAAGCGGGCCGUCUGCCUGAGCAGAACGCGCAUGGCGGCGCAGGAGAUCAUCGACAGCGUCCCGAGAAUGUUUGGGCCGACGGCGUCCGGAAAGGGAAGAGGCAGCCGGCCGGACUCGCCCAAGGUGGUGUUUGACGCCCUCAUGAUGGUCUGGCCGCUGACGGCUUGCUACGUCGUGCCGUCGACGCUGCCUCGGCAAAAGGCCGACGCCGAAGCGGCACUCUUCUUCAUCGGCCACGAGAUUGGCGUGCGGCAAGCGCUGAACAGGGUUCCGGCCGUCGUGCCGCCAACGCCGGCAGAGGCCGUGGCCGUGACCGAUGCGGUAGGCAAGUUGACGGUGGACGACGUUUGUCUGCGGCCGCCAUUCCCAUGCUUGCCUCGCCUUCUCAAUUCAUCCUCUUCACUUCUUCGCACUCAACCAAACCUUGCCUCAAUUCAUUCUCUUCGCUUCUUCGCACUCGACCAAAACAUCCCAUCAUCUCCUCCAGCGCUUGAAUCGCCGCUUCUAACCACGGCCUUCGCAUCCGUCACCACCAUCACCACCACCACCACCACCGACACCUCCCUGCCCGCUCCAAUGGCCAGCUCCGCGCCCACCCACCACCUGCAGGCAGCAGUGGCUGUGUUCGCCCCUGUCCGGCCAACCUUCAACUCGCGUCGCACAUCCGAUCGCCUCCGUGAGGGCGCCGGCCUCUACUUGCCGCCGCAGUUCCGCACCAACGCCCACCUCAGCAAGGGCCACACCUCCGUCUUCAAGGAGGUUGGUCUCGACGAGGUCGCUUCCUCGCGUGAAACUUCCCUCGACGAAGACUGCAGAGCCUAG